UUAGAUAAAAAUUGUAGAAGUUAUUUAAAGAAAAAACCUUUGUAUAAGACUUCGUAGGUUUGGCUGACAAUGUAUGAAUGUGUCACAGCCCUAACAGUAAAACUCUUGUUUUUAAUAAAUUUUAUAUGCUCAUAUUGAUAAUUGCGAAACAAAAAUGUUAUCGUAUGUCCAACAUAUCAAGGCAGAUUUCUUAAAGCCAUGAUUCGCAUACAUACAAUAGAUUCUAAACCAAUGACAGUCAGUAAUGCUCGCCUAACUACAUUUUCAAAAAGUUUUGCAGAGGAGUUUUUAAUCUACAUAUGUAAAGUAAACAUAGUUAUCCACAUUCAAUUUUGAAUAAUCUUACAUUUAUUGUACGAUCAUGUGUUGCCUGUGUUUUUAUGUUUUAUUAAAAACAACUCGAUUCUUGGCAAACUCAAAUGAUAUUUAACAUAAAAUGAUAGAUCAUACCAUAUGUAAUUGUAAUAUAAAACAUCUCACGAUGUUUGUUAUUUUAGAAUAGGUAACAUGAGGUGGUCAGAUAUCACCUCAGAUUAUUGUACCGGCAAUUUUGUGAUGUGCUGUCUUCAGAUGUCUACGAAUGUUGUGACGUCUCACGGGCAGUUGAAUUUUGGUAUAAAAGUUUUGUUGUGAGUGUCGAUUCAAUUCAGUUGCGCUUGAGCUGUAGUCCAAGCAACUCAAUACAGUGCCAAAGGAAAUAUUCGAAUUCGAAAACGGAUGUGAAUGCCUUUCAAUUUGUAUUUCAAAUUCAAAUGUUGAAAAAUACGCUUUAAUAAUGUAUGCAAAUCUGUUUCAUAAAUUGUUUUUUUUACUGCCACUCGUGUAUCAUCCGACCAAACAUGGUAUUGAUACUAGCAGCGGUAGUGCAAAUUCCGGCUGGAACUUUGAUGAACAUGGUCUUGAUUGGGAAGGAACUUGUAUGACUGGUCGACGACAGUCCCCCAUUAGGCUGUCCAUUGAUAGUUCGCUUAUUAUGCCAUUGCCACGAAUUUUCUUUGGAAACUAUGAUGAGAGGCUCAAUCGACCCUUGACAUUGGUAAAUAAAGGAUACACAGUUGAUAUGGCCAUACCGGAGACUCGUAUUGGACAAAAGCCUUUUAUAACAGGAGGUUUACUCAAGGGAAAAUAUGUAGCCGAAGGCGUUCACUUCCAUUGGGGAUCGCCUACGACACGAGGAGCUGAGCAUAUAAUUAACAAAAGGCGUUUUGAUAUCGAAAUGCAUAUUGUGCAUCGUAACGCUCACUAUAAUAAUAUUUCUGAAGCCUUAAACUAUCCAGAUGGAAUCGCCGUUCUGGGCAUUAUGCUUAAGAUAACGAGGACUCCGGAUCGUAUAUAUCCUGGACUAAGAAAGGUGUUCGCAGAACUGCCCAACGUUAUUGAAUACCAUGCUGAAGGUGAACUGCCUGGAACUAUUACGCUUGGUCAGUUGCUGGGCGAUUUAAAUACUCGAAACUUCUAUACCUACAAGGGAUCCUUGACCACCCCCGAUUGCAAUGAGGCUGUCACCUGGACUGUAUUUCCUCAACCUAUUCCAAUUCCAUACUCAGAGGCAGCGAAACUUUGGCAAGUCCUGGAUGUCAAUGGAAAUCCACUUGAAAACAACUACCGUGCUCAGCAGCGUCGCAACAACAGACCUGUUUUCUAUCGCACCAUAAAUCUCAGUAAUUAUUAUCUUCGGAAAUAAUACGGACUCGUUUAAGGUCAAUUGACAAUAUGGUUAUGUUUCUUAUUACAUCGUCAAUUCAGUCUAAAGUACAUCACAUUUUUUUUGGGUAUUUAAGAUGCAGUAUUAAGAUGAUAUAGCAAACAUUUUUUAUUGGACAGAUUAUCUUAAUUUUAUUUUUUUAAAUUAUUAUUGAAACUUUUUUUAAUAAUAAAAUUAAUAAUUGUCUGUUUUUGGGAGCCAUCGUGUUAAGACACAUUAAUGGCUUUCCUAAUGUCUUCCAAUAGUUUGUCACCGAAAUAGAAAUGAUCUACUAUAUUUACGUAUGUACUCUGCAAAAGAAAAACACGACCAAAACAAUAA